AUGAAAAGAGCAAAGCGUACAUUACAGGACAACAUCGCCGUUUCGGACAAGGAGUGGCGGUACGAUAUCCCUGGCUUGUCGGAUGCAGAAGGAGGUGGUAAGGCUGGAGACAUCAAAUCAAUACAGCUCUCCUCAUCACGAGGCAUAUCCCUGGAUUGGACCUCUAUUCCUCGAAAUCGAGCCACUCGCGAAUACCGCCCAGAGGAUCUCGUGCAGGUCAGCGUCGCGGACUUUCGGCCAAUCUACGACACUCAGGAUACUUCGUUACCGAGGGGCAAUGCACAGAGCGUCGACUACAUUCGCCGGUUUCUCACCGCUGGUAUUGUCAUCAACGGUGUCCAGUACUCAUUCUACGGCCACAGCAACAGCCAGUUGAAAUCUCGGUCGUGUUACCUGCUGGCCGGGUCAAAGCAGGAGGUGAGCAGGAAGGUCGAGGCGCUGGGAGAUUUCAGCAAGAUCAAGACCGUGGCCAAAAAGGCCAAACGGAUCGGAUUGUUGUUCUCGACUGCCGACAUUGUCCAAGACGUCCCCACCUCCCGGUGUCGAGACAUUGAAGAUGUCGAGAGAAAUGGCUUCAUCUUCACGGAUGGAUGCGGCCUGGCAUCCAAGGAUUUUGUCCACUUGGUGGCGAGCAAGAAACCCAUCAUUUUUCGCGAGCAGCGGUACUACCCCUCCGUCCUCCAGAUCCGCUACUCGAGCUACAAGGGCGUGGUAUGUGUUGAGCCCCGGAUGGAGAAGGGUCUCUGGCUCAAGUUACGCGAGUCGAUGAAGAAGUUCAGCGGAACAAGUGACCUGAGCUUUGCUGUCGUGGCAUUCUCAAAGCCCUACACUUACGGAUACCUCAACGACGAAAUCGUUCUCCUGCUGCACUCUCUCGGCAUCGAAGCGGAUGUCUUCCUCAAAAAACAGAGAGAAUACUUUGGGUUUCUCGAUCGGUCACGGACAGACCCUGUCUUUGCGUUCCGCCUGCUAAGCUCCCUCGGUAUGACCGUCGAGGCCGAGAAACUCCUGGUCGAGGGGAUGGAGAAGGUCGAACAGAGUGUGCGCAAGACUGUCACUCAAGAAUACGGCAAGCUGCUCAACAAACGGGACGAACAGAAAACACGGAUUCUGAUCCCCCGGUCCCGAUUAUUGUUUGGGGUCUGUGAUCCUUACGGCUUGCUCAAACCGGGCGAAUGUUUUCUGCGUGUGACGUUGGAAGAAACCGGAACCCCGUUGACCAUCACUGGGGUUAACGUGCUGGUGUCGCGGAAUCCCUGUCUGCAUCCUGGAGACCUCCGCAAGCUCGAGGCCGUGAACCGUCCGGAACUCAGCCACCUCACAGACUGUGUGGUUUUCUCCACGGCUGGGAGACGACCGGCUGCUGACCUCAUGUCCGGCGGCGACUUGGACGGCGAUACAUUCUUUGUAUGCUGGGAUGCCGACCUGAUUCCUCAGGCAAUGUCAGAGCCAGCCGAGUAUCCAGGAGUAAAGGAGGCGACUCGAUUCACUUCCAUCAAGGUAGAUGAUUUGAUAGCAUAUUUUGCGGGCUACAACAACAUGUCCCUCGGACGGGUCAAGAAGGUUUACCUUGGAUGGGCGCGCGCUCGGGGCCCUCGCUGCAGCCAGUGCCAGGAGCUCAAUCGACUCUUCUCCCAGUGCGUCGACGGCAACCGUAUCACAAUCCCCGAGGCGUUGCUCGAUACUCCAGACGUUCCGCUCAAUGGUGAGCCGUUCAUCCUCGACGCCCUCCAUGCCGCAGCACGGGAACGUUGCAGCAGUGUCAAGAAUGCGACGAGGGCCUUUGAUGCCGCGGGACACCAGAGUCUGGCGCACGCCAUUCCCACCAUGGGCAUUGCGGAUCGAGAGACCCUGGGAUUCAUCCUCAGCAACCCGGCUCCCUUUUCGGAUUUCGAACUGGCACGGUUGACGCUGAGCUGGUGCCGGAGGAACAAGGUCCCCUUUGAAGAGUUCUGGGCGUUUUUCGACGCAUCGCAACUCACCGUCGACGAGCAGACGUGGAUCCUGGCCGAGCUGCCCCCGUCGCCCCGGUAUCCGUCACACUUCAAGAACGGACUGCUCCAGUCGCAUAUUCUCUCGCGCGAGGACCUGCAGGCCUUCCGGCUCGACCUGCAUUCCCUCCACUGGAAAUGCGUGUUCGACUCCCAGUCCGAACCGCUGCGGAGUUUCAUGGCGGUGGUCAACCGGACCUUUGCCGAUUUCGCGAAGAAGCUCCUCGUGCUCCGCGUGGGCGAACGACUGAGCGUGGCAAUCUAUUUUCCCCGUCCGAUCGACAGGGAAGAAGACGCCGUCGUCCACGACACGGUCAGAUUGUUUGCCUUCCCGCAUUCCCACCCGGACAGAGUCGGACACCGACGAGGUGUGCCCACCAAGAUAAACUACAGGUUUUACUAUGACGAAAACGGGAUGCAGCUCUACGAGAACCGCCGCGAAAGUACGUUUGUCCACUUCAAGAGAUCCGUCAAUAACGACAGUGCCUACCGCGGUGUACAGGGCAAAAAUAACCGGGCUCGAUCCCGCCAGGAGACAAUCGACCAAGGCGUCAACUGCGACUGGAGAGUGAGUAUAGAUCUGGGCAGAUUCAGUGCCCAACUCGCUACCCAUAUCGGCCGCACAAGGAAGGAAGCAGUCACUGAUGCUGAACUGUAUCUCAUCAGCAACAAGGACGUUCGUGCACUGCGGGCUCUCGACCUCUGGCUCGAGAGCGUCGACACUCUGGACGUCCUUCCCAACUUUCCAGAAGACGAACAGCCGCCAUACAACCUGCCGACACUUGAUGAUGUCGACUGGAGUCUCUGUAGCGACUUUGUUGUUCAAGUUGUGCGGCACAAGAGAUACCCCCUGGUGCUGGAAGCAACGGAUGCUCAACUCGCGGAUCUGCUAGAGUUGAGCUGGAGGCACGACCUUACUGAUGUCGUCUCGGAGACUUACAGCCGAAUUCUGAAGCUUGAGACUGUCGACCAACGUCCAGCACUGCGGUGUAGCCCCGAGAUCCUUCGAUGCCUCGUUGAAUUUCUCCACUUCAAGCCUGCAAUGGCGAUACACUUCGCGCGUUUAUGUCCCUGGACACGACUUCCCGACCCCUUCUCGGAUGCCCUUCUGCGGCAGGGUUCUACCAUUCUUGGUGCUCUUUUCCUCUGCGCAAACAGGGCCGGAGAGCUGGUGGUGAGGCACCUGCGGGCUGUGCUGCAAGACAUAUCUCUGACUCUGUCUAUGACGCGCGAACUGUUGGAAACUGCCGCUAUAGCGGUUGCGAGUCCGGAUUUGCUGCUGACGAUCCUGAUGGAAUGCCGAGAAGCAUUUGCGGAUGCCAUUCAGGAUCACGACGUUGAUGUCGUCGCAUAUUUCUUGCGGAAUAUGUUCGGGACCGUGCUCGACCAUUGCGCCGAAGCCAGCGAUAAUACUGAGAUCACACCAGGCUCCUGGAUGUUAAAAUCAGGUUUAGCAGUCCACGGACGAGUGUCCUCUGUGACCAGCCAGCGCCGUAUUGAUGCCCCCAGGCUGGCCAGGCUCGCAGUCGGCGACCACGUGCGAUUCGUGGCAAAGACGACCGCGACGAAUUCCUCUGCUGCCAAACCUGCAACAUUCGACGCUGUGGUGGAGACAGCAGCAAGUGACAACGCCAUUAAAUUUCGAUGCCUCUCGCAACCUGCGACCUUUCUCGAGAAGACGGCCUGGGACAUGAAGCAUUGCGGCUCCGUGGUGAGCAGUCAGUCGGCCGGGGAAGCUCUGGUGCAUCUUCUUGAUCACAAGGACCAGAGUUGCAGCUUUUACCAUACUCUGCUGAAGAAGAACAACGUACUCGCCGAGAGCAAGAGCGAGGGCGAACGAGCUUCAUCACAGGGUUGCGAUCCUGUUGAGGGUCUCAAUGAAAGCCAGAGCCGCGCCGUUGAUGUGUCCAUCAAGUCCCAGCUAACCUGUCUCUGGGGACCUCCCGGUACAGGUAAGACAUCGACCAUCAUUGCACUGUUGCGGAGGUUGUUGAAGGAGCAAGAGGCAGAGAGGGUAUUAGUCACAGCACCAACGCACAAUGCCGUCGACAAUGUGUUGCGCCAGUACGUGAAAAAGGCGCUGGAUAUCGAUCCCAGUCUGCCACGACCAGUCCGGGUUUCUACUGAGGUGAUGAAGGUCUCGGAUGAUUUGAAAACCUACACUGUCGACGCAAUGAUCGGGAAGGAUCUGAACAAGUAUCAGGCUGCGAAACGCAAGGCGAUACAGACGGUUUCCGCCGCUAGGUUGGUAUUCACAACUUGUGUGGGUGCAGCGCUAGGUCUGCUUCGGAAACAACUCUUUGACACGGUAAUCAUCGACGAAGCGUCUCAACAAACGGAGUCCGCAUCCCUUAUACCCCUGGUCAAGGGCUGUCAGCGGGCCAUCUUGGUAGGGGACCACGUUCAACUUCGGGCCACCGUCAGUCCCCAUGCGUCCACUCUAGAUUAUGAUGUCUCGCUCAUGGAACGCCUCUGGACAGAAGCAUCAGACAAUACCAUUGGUCGGGUCAUGUUGGAUACUCAAUAUCGUAUGUAUCCAAGCCUGUGUACCUUUCCGAGUCACGAAUUCUACGGGGGACGCUUGUUGUCAGCCGAGUCUUGCCGCACGAUUAGAAUCCCGGCCUCGACAUUUCCCUGGCCAAAACGAGUAGUGAAUGCGAAGCAGGCAGAACCUGACAAGACCAGAGCGGUGUGGAUUCAGUGUAGCGACGCAGAAGACCUCGGGCGGAAAUCAAAGGUCAACCACGCCCAAGCCAACAUCUGCAAAGAGAUUCUGAGGCUAUUGACCACUGCGCCGCCAGUAGCCGGUCAAAGCAGUCCAGAUCAGGGACCUAGCUCGCCACCACCGCCGCCGCCGCCUUCUAUUGCGAUCUUGACACCAUACGCGCGCCAGGCCGAAGUGCUGAAGCAGCUUUGCCCGGGACACACGGUGUCGAGCAUUGACGGGUUCCAGGGCCAGGAAGCGGACAUCAUCAUCUUCAUCACGGUGCGAUGCAACUUGCAGGGAGAAAUCGGGUUCUUGAAAGACAUGCGCAGGCUGAACGUCGCGGUCACCAGGGCCAAGGCCGGCCUGAUCAUUGUCGGGGACCAGUCGACAUUGACCAGGAGGAAGGAACACGAGGAUGCAUGUCAAGUGUGGGAUCGUCUUAUCAAGACGUGCUCGAAGGUGGAGCUUCCUGUUCACAAGAAGUAG